AUGUCGACUGAGCUGAUACCUCACCGGAACACUUCAAGCAGUGGCAGACCAGCGUCCACAGAUAGCACCUCACUUCAUAUCAAUCCUCCUCGAAGGACCCACUUUUCUUUUUCUGGAAGGUUCUUAAACCCUUCUUCACCCCCAGUCAGCCUCCAGGAAGUUAGAGUAGACACCAACCUCCUCGCACAACCUCCGCCUACGUUUCAGUCGGUACAUGCACCACCUGCGGUACUGUAUGACUCCCUGAAGGCCCUCACAGCAGCCCGCGAACCCAGCAAUGGCGCCCACGAAGCGCGAACCACCGGCUGCCAAACGGACGAAGAGACCUCAGAAGCCCGAGUCAUCAUGCUAAGCAAAAUUCAAUCGAGUCUCCACUGCUGCGGUUGCCAACGGAGAUUCGUGGAAUCAUCUGGAAGUAUGCCUGCGGUGGAAAUCAUAUACACAUCACCAACACGAGCUCGACGAACUAUAGAACCCUCAGCUCGAGCGCCUCCGACAAGCUCUUCAACUCUGCUUACGCGCACCCGGAGAAUCAUGAGAGCUUCUGCCGAGUUGUAA